AAACAAAAGGGAUUGGAAAAAGCAACGUUGAACACAGGGUAAUCAGUGAGUGCGUGUUUUUGGGCAGUCUGAAGUCAGUGCUUUUUUUGGCCAGGUUAGUCAGUGGUUGAAUAAUAGAACGAGGACCGAAAAGAGAAAAUGGUGAUAUAGAAACUCGACCUCUCUUGAUAUCUCAAGAUUGCCCUAGACGAGCAUCCCAUUUUGGGUGCGAUCAUCUCCAGGGGCGUUCACGGUACCAUCUUGCCGUCAUCCACAAUUCCUCUUGCGUUUCAACUGUCUCCUCUUUAAUUACCGGAACCAGGUCCAGAGGCUGCUAAAAACAGCAUAUUUUUCAUUGCCUUUUGGUUUGGUGUUAUGGAGAUAUCCUUGUUAAAGGAGCUUGUUAAUGGCAUAUCCUCAUUUUUGCAUCUAUCUUUUUCUGGGAAUGGGAACUCAGAAUUUGUUUCAAAGUAUUACCAAAAGGUGGAGGAGACAUUUAAGUUGCUCAAGCCCAUAGCUGAUGCUUUGGCUAUUUCUGAAUUGGCUUCUGAUGAAGUGCUUAAUAAGGCAUUUGAAGAAGUGGGUCGGGCUGUUGAUGAGUUGAGGGAACUUUUUGGGAAUUGGCACCCAUUGUCUAGCAAAGUUUACUUUGUUAUGCAAGUUGAAUCCUUGCUAUCUAGGAUUCAGACUUCAGCACUCGAUGUUUUCCCGCAGCUGAAGACUUCUCGUCUAAGUCUUCCGGAUGAACUGAAUACUGUACAAGUUGAGCAUUGUAUUGAGAAGCUCAAGCUUUUGAGACGUGAGGAGGAAAUCUUGUUAGUCAUUAAAGAAGCUAUUAGUGAACAAGUGGAAGGUGCAGGACCUAGUUCAGAGGUCCUAGUAAACAUUGCUGAGAGCCUGAGCCUGAGGUCUAACCAAGAGAUUCUGAUUGAGGCUGUAGCCCUUGAAAAGUUGAAGGAGAUUGCCGAGCAAGCUGAAAAAACUGCUGAAGCUGAGUACAUUGAUCAAAUGAUUACUCUUGUAACUCGUAUGCAUGAGCGUCUUGUUGCUCUUAAGCAAGCCCAGAGCAGUAGCCCAGUUGCAGUACCUCCUGAUUUUUGCUGUCCUCUUUCUUUGGAGUUAAUGAUGGAUCCAGUAAUUGUGGCUUCGGGGCAAACCUAUGAGCGGGCUUUCAUUAAGAACUGGAUUGAUUUGGGACUUACUGUCUGUCCAAAGACACGUCAGACCUUGGCUCACACCAACUUAAUACCCAACUACACUGUAAAGGCAUUAAUUGCAAACUGGUGUGAAUCAAACAAUGUGAAACCAGCUGAUCCCAUAGUGUCCACAAACUUAAAUCAAGCAUCUUUUCUUCAUGGGUACAUGGAAUCUGGUGCAACCAGGGAAUCACCUGUCUUUGCUCAUUCUAGGACCAACCAUCCAUCCUCCCCAGAGACUGCUCGCUCCCAUUCUUUCAGUUCACCAAGUAAGAGCUUAAUUUCUGGAGGAAUCCACAGAGAGGGAACAUCAGCAUUUCAUCCUCGUUCAACUUCAGAAGGUUCCUUGAGUGGUAUGGCUAAUGGACAGUGUUUGGAUUUUGCCAGAAUUUCACCUGCAGGCUCUGAUGACAGGUCUGCUUGCUCAGAUGAAAGGAGUGAUGAUUCAGCUGUCCAACCGUCAGUGUCUCAACCUAUUACUGAAUCUUCCAUUGCCUUUAGCUCUGAACAAUCCCAAGCCCACGUUAGAGCAGCUUCUGAUUCCAGUGCACUUUCCAGUGUUCAAGGAACACAAGGUGAUGGUAACAGUACUACUCAGCAGUCAACCACUCCUGGCAACAGUACAGAUUCUUCUGCGGUGACAACUUCUGGGCUAGAUGCUAAUGGUACUGCAGCUAUUUGUGCUCCCCAGAGAGAACCUGAGAUCUUACCUCGUGUGGACACAAGGCCUCGAAACCAGAGCAUAUGGCAGCGGCCAUCAGAAAGAUUUGUUCCUAGGGUGGUGCCCUCUGCUGGCGAAACAAGAGCUGAUCUUUCUGGCAUUGAAGCCCAGGUGAAGAGUUUGAUUGAGGACUUGAAGAGUGCUUCUCUUGAUACUCAAAGGGAGGCAACAUCAAGGCUCCGCCUUCUUGCUAAGCAUAAUAUGGAUAAUCGACUUGUGAUUGCAAAUUGUGGAGCCAUUGACUUGUUAGUUGACUUGCUUAAAUCAACUGAUACAACAAUCCAGGAAAAUUCUGUUACAGCACUUCUGAACCUAUCAAUCAAUGAUAACAAUAAAACUGCAAUUGCUGGUGCCGGUGCUAUUGAUCCUCUAAUCCAUGUACUUGAGACAGGGAGCCCCGAAGCCAAGGAGAAUUCUGCUGCUACUCUGUUCAGCUUAUCAGUGAUUGAAGAAAACAAGAUUAGGAUAGGGAGGUCUGGGGCAAUUGGGCCACUUGUUGAUUUAUUAGGAAACGGAACUCCGAGAGGGAAGAAAGAUGCUGCCACGGCUUUGUUUAAUUUGUCAAUAUACCAUGAAAACAAGGGCCGCAUUGUGCAAGCUGGAGCUGUGAAGCACCUUGUGGAGUUAAUGGAUCCAGCGGCUGGAAUGGUUGAUAAGGCAGUGGCUGUUUUAGCAAACCUCGCCACAAUUCAAGAAGGAAGAACUGCCAUUGGCCAGGAAGGUGGGAUCCCUGUUUUAGUCGAGGUUGUUGAGUUGGGUUCUGCGAGAGGAAAGGAGAACGCAGCAGCAGCUCUGCUACAUCUUUGCUCAAACAAUCCUCGAUAUUUGAGCACAGUGCUGCAAGAAGGAGCGGUCCCACCAUUGGUGGCUUUGUCGCAGUCAGGCACCCCAAGGGCUAAAGAAAAGGCCCAGGCUCUGCUCAACCAAAUUAGAAAUCAAAGACACAAUGCUGGGAGAGGCUGAUUAUGAGUUCAUGGCCUUUUUUUAUCUUGAGAAAAGUUUUGAAUUACGUCUUACAGAACAUCUCAAAAUUAAACUCUGAUGGCGCGACAAAUAAUGCUUGUAAAGGUGUUUUGGAUUUUUUUUUUUUUUAACUUGACAUGUAGAGGUGACAAAUAUUUAUGGAGGAUUGAUUGAGUCCUCUUGUAAACCCUGUGAUGAUAAGAAAAAUAUAUACCUGUAAAUUAACUUCUGUUUCAAGAAAAAGAACUGUCAUAUAAUAUUGCUGAGCUUGAGUCGAUGACGGACAUAUGUUGAAGCUUUCUGCUUAUGGAAGCAAUGAUAUAUAUUGAUUGGCAUAUUGGAUUU